CUUUACUUUCCCCCAACCAAUGCUCCAAGUUGACUAGUACUGGGAAGUCGGGAAGCAUUUUCCUAUCCAUCCCCUGCGUCUAUAAAGCAGACCCCCCCUCAAAACAGAGUAUUGCACAAGCUAAGAAAAUCAAACACAAAAAUGGUGAACCCUCUGCCUUUCAUGGGCCACCAGGGGCAGGGGUCUCCAGGCCAUGAAGGGAUGAGCCAAAUGGGUCUGGGCAUGGCAAUCGCGGCCUCCAUGGUGGUCCUAACCAUGUUCCAGCAAUUCCUCUUCAGCCACUUCGGCGGCUACCUCGAACGGUGCCUCCGGAAACUGGUCAGCUCCAUGGACCCUUACGUCCAGAUCAGGUUCACCGAGGAUUCGACGGACGGCGGGGGCCCCAAGAACUACGAGGCCUACGCCGCCAUCGAGACCUACCUGAGUUCCAAAUGCUCGGCCCAGGCGCCGCGGCUGAAGGCCAACUCGGUCAGAGAUAUCAACGCUCCCGUGCUGUGCGUCGACGACGGCGAGGGGGUUUCCGAUGAGUUUAACGGGGUUACGGUCUGGUGGCAUCUGGGGAGGGAGAAAGACCAGGGUGAUAUUUACCGCGGCUCGAGGCGGAACAGAAACAGGUACUAUGCCCUUACCUUUCGGAAAAAGAACCGGGAAAUUGUGGUCGGGGAAUACGUGAGGCAUGUGAUGGAAGAAGGUAAGGCGGUGGCGGCAAGCCAUCGGCAGCUGAAGCUUUACUCUAACAGUUCCAGCGAGCACGGAGCCUAUUGGAAUUACAUAAUGGAUUUUGAUCAUCCGGCCAAAUUCGAGACUCUGGCUAUGGAGAAGGAGAAGAAGGAAGAAAUUAUUGACGAUUUGAUCAGGUUUUCUACGGGGAGAGAGUACUAUAAGAGGAUCGGAAAGCCAUGGAAGAGAGGGUACCUGCUUUACGGCCCUCCAGGCACUGGUAAAUCCACCAUGAUCGCGGCAAUGGCGAAUUUACUGAGCUACGAUGUUUACGACCUCGAAUUAACAGCAGUUCUGAGCAACGCCGCUUUGAAACGCCUCUUAAACCGGAUCCCUUGCAAUUCUAUCCUCGUGAUCGAAGACAUUGAUUGCUCGAGCAAAAUCACUAACCAGAGGGAGAUGACUAAUCAGGACGAAGAAAAAACAGUCAAGAUACUGGAAAAGGUGACGCUAUCCGGAUUGUUAAAUUGCAUCGACGGGCUUUUCUCGGCGAACGACGGAGGGAGGCUGAUGGUUUUCACGACGAACAACGUGGAGGCGCUUGAUUCGGCGCUGGUUCGUAGGGGGAGAAUGGACAAGCACAUCCAGAUGACCUACUGCGGAUUCGAGGCGUUCAGGAUUCUGGCGAAGAACUAUUUGAGGAUUGAGGAGCACGAGUUGUUUGGGAGGAUUGAAGAGUUGUUGAAGGAGAGCAGCGUUACCCCGGCGGACGUGGCGGAGACGCUGAUCGAGAGGAGGGGGAAAGCUGAAGAUUGCGGCAGGGAGUACUACUUGAACAAAUUGAUCCGAGUGCUGGAGGAGAACUGCGAAACGAAGAAAUCGAUCAACCGAGAAAUGUUGGAGAAGAAAGGGAAAGGGGAGUUGGAAAAUGGGGAAUGCAAGUGAACUGGGUUCUGUUUGGAAUUUGAGUUGGUGGGAAUAUUUGUUAGGUUACUAAUUAGUCCUUGUAGUUAAAGGUCUGGUUUCAAUGACUGGGAAGAGGGGAAGCUUUCCCAGCUGUUUCUGCUUUUGUAGGGGGUGUCAAGGACUGUUUCGCUGUGCUCAUGAAGCGGUGUUUUGGGAACAAAUUUGGUGAAAUCUUUUGUAAGGAGGUUUCACCUCGAGUUUGGUCGCGUGCGCGGACUUGGUAGUCUCCGGUAUCGUAGCGUUAUGUAAUCGUUUAACUUCGGGUUUCGGUUGUUUGAGGUUAUUAGAGCAAGAGUUCAAGGUUGUGCGUAACCUUGAUAAAAGUCACUCUUGUUGAAGGUGGUUAAUUUUGUACUCGGCUAUUUUGUAUGAAUGAAGUUUUUCUUAUAGUAGA